AUGCCGCGAAGUCCAACGUCAAGUGAAGAUGAGAUGGCACAGAGUAUUUCUGAUUAUUCUGUUGAAUCUGAAUCCGACAGCUCCAAAGAAGAAACGAUCUAUGACACUAUCAGGGCAACGGCAGAGAAGCCCAUCACCAAGAUGGAAGACACGCAGAGCAACACACUGGUCAUCAGAGUCCUCAUCCCUGACUUGCAACAAACGAAAUGUAUGCGAUUUGACCCUGAUGCUACAGUGUGGGUGGCCAAGCAACGCAUCCUGUGCACUCUCAACCACAGUUUGAAGGACGUGCUGAAUUAUGGCCUGUUCCAACCAGCCAGCAAUGGAAGGGAUGGAAAAUUUUUGGAUGAAGAGCGUCUGCUCAAAGAAUACCCCCAGCCAAUCAACAAAGGAGUUCCCUCUCUGGAGUUUUGCUACAAAAAAAGGGUAUACAAGCAAGCCCAUAUUGAUGAGAAGCAAAUUUCAAAGCUUCAUACUAAGGCCAACCUCAGAAAAUUUAUGGACCAUGUUCAACAUCGUGCCGUUGAGAAAAUUACUAAGAUGCUGGAUCGAGGGCUGGAUCCCAACUAUUAUGACUCAGAGAGUGGAGAAACUCCGUUGACAUUAGCAGCCCAACUUGAGGUCCCGGUGGAGGUCAUCAAGGCUUUACGGAACGGAGGUGCACAUCUGGAUUUCAGAGCCAAGGAUGGCGUGACAGCUCUGCACAAAGCUGCCAGAGCCAAGAACCACACGGCGCUCAUGACACUGCUGGAGCUCGGGGCCUCCACAGACUAUAAGGACAGCCGUGGCCUGACUCCACUGUAUCACACUGCGAUGGUUGGAGGAGACCCUUACUGCUGCGAACUUCUGCUUUAUGAGCACGCUUUCAUCAGUUGUAAAGAUGAAAACGGGUGGCAGGAAAUCCAUCAGGCAUGUCGUUAUGGUCACGUUCAACACCUGGAACACCUGCUUUUCUAUGGAGCUGAUAUGGAAGCACAGAACGCCUCAGGCAAUACAGCACUCCAUGUCUGCGCCCUUUACAAUCAGGAAAGCUGUGCACGGGUUUUGUUGUUUCGUGGAACCAACAAAGAAGUGAAGAAUUACAACAGCCAGACUCCAUUUCAGGUGGCUAUAAUAGCAGGCAACUUUGAAUUGGCUGAAUUUAUCAAGAACCACAAAGAAACAGAUAUAGUGCCGUUUCGAGAGGCACCGACAUACUCGAAUCGGCGAAGGGGACCUCAGAGCACGCUCUCCGCGCCGCGAGUCCUACUGCGUUCUAAUAGCGAUAACAACCUGAACGUCAACGACAUCCCAGAGUGGACCGGCAACCAGUCUGCCACUCCGCAUCGAAGCCUUUCCCCACAACUACUGCAACAGAUGCAGAACAAUCCCAAUGGCACUAUAAAAAGCGGGAGUGGAACCCAUGGCUCGCGCAGUCGCUCGCCAUCCCUGAAUAGGAUUGGAGAGGAGGUUCAGAGGCCACAGCACAGGCAGAUCAGUCCCGCUGUUAUUAAAGAAGCUGCCCCAGGAUUGGAAAGCCAGGGAUCAAAGCGCAAGCUUUACAGCGCGGUGCCUGGAAGGCAGUUUAUCGUGUUGAGGUCCUAUCAGCCUCAGGGUGAUGGGGAGAUUCCUCUCAACAAAGGAGACAGGGUGAAAGUUCUGAGUAUCGGAGAAGGCGGAUUCUGGGAAGGCAGUGCUCGAGGAAGGGUUGGAUGGUUUCCCGCUGAAUGCGUGGAGGAAAUCCCGGCAAAUGAAGCCAAACCAGAAACACGGACAGACAGAGCAAAGAAAUUAUUCAGGCAUUAUACAGUUGGAUCUUACGAUAGUUUUGAUGCUGCCAGCGAUUGCAUCAUUGAAGAGAAAACUGUUAUUCUGCAGAAGAAAGACAAUGAGGGCUUUGGAUUUGUGCUUCGCGGGGCGAAAGCUGACACACCAAUUGAGGAAUUUACACCAACUCCAGCCUUUCCUGCACUCCAGUACUUGGAAUCAGUGGAUGAAGGUGGUGUGGCUUGGCAGGCAGGACUGCGAACGGGUGACUUUCUCAUCGAGGUCAAUAAUGAAAAUGUGGUGAAGGUUGGCCACAGACAAGUGGUGAACAUGAUACGUCAGGGAGGAAACCACUUGGUGUUAAAAGUUGUCACAGUAAGCAGAAACCUUGAUCCAGAAGAUACAGCUCGAAAGAAAGCGCCACCACCUCCAAAACGGGCCCCAACCACGGCAUUGACGCUACGCUCGAAGUCCAUGACCUCAGAACUCGAAGACCUAGCAACAUUACGGAAAAAGAGGACCGAUCUUGAUCCAUCUCAUUUAGAGGGUUUGAAGAGGAGGACUGCUUUUCAAACCACACUAAACAAGCUUGACGAAAUAGUGUCAAAUCCCAAACAGUCAAGGGCUGCGGAAAAUGCAACGGUCGACUCGCGGGUCGCAACAAUCAAACAGCGUCCAUCUAGCAGGUGCUUUCCUUCCACUGCAGAUGCAAAUUCAAUCUAUGAUCGCCAGGGUAUUGCUGUAAUGCCUCCUACGGUCCCAGGGAGCCAUAACAGCCCCUAUCUAGAAAUUCCACGCGGAACUAUGCGAAGGCAGAAAUCAAUAGGUAUGUUAGAAGAAGAGAAACAAUUUUUAGCUCCUCCAUUACUGAAGUUUACCAGAAGUUUGUCAAUGCCAGAUACUGCUGAAGAUAUCCCACCUCCCCCAUCAGUUUCCCCUCCUUCACCACCUUAUAACACACCCAAACCUUCUGGCCCACGGAGUUAUGGUACAAUAAAGCCGGGCUUCAAUCAUAACUCUGGGUUAAGAACCCAUAAUUCCAACAGACCAGAGAGUACGGGAACGAUUAGUUCAGAGAGGCAGAAGAAAGCGAUGUAUUACCGGCAAGAUUCCCAACAGUAUUCCAUGGAUUCUGAAGACCAGUACAAGCCAAACACUAGUUCACACCAGACCAUGCGCAGCAGGAGGGGUAACAUGCCUGAAAAUCCAUACUCUGAUGUUGGGAACACUGGGAAUAAGGCGGUUUAUGUCCCUGCCAAGCCGGCCAGGAGGAAAGGUCAGCUGGUGAAGCAGUCUAAGGUGGAAGACAGCCCAGAGAAAACAUGUUCGAUUCCCAUCCCCACCAUUAUUGUGAAGGAGCCUUCCACCAGCAGCAGUGGCAAAAGCAGCCAAGGGAGCAGCAUGGAAAUCGACACCCAGGCUUCAGAGCACCAAGGUCACCUUAGGCCCGACGACGGCUUCUGUAACCCGUUUGCAGCAGCGAUCGCGGGGGCAGUGAGGGACAGAGAGAAGAGAAUAGAAGCCAAGCGCCACUCCCCCGCCUUCCUCUCCACGGACAUGGGGGACGAAGAUGUGGGGCUGGUGCCCAGCGCGCGGCUAAAGCACUCCAAGUCUAUUGACGAAGGGAUGUUUGGCAACGAGGAACGUUACAGUCACCUCAUGGUCCCGUCGUCCAAAGCCAGCGGCACCAAUUACAGCACCGCCGAGACCAGCACUCAGCGAACGCACAGCAGCUCAAGGAUAUUGAACAUUGCUUCAAAGAAGGAAGACAUUGAGUGCAACGACGGAACUGCAAAAGGUUACAGCGCAUCCAACAUUCCCAACAAUAACACUAACUACGUGCACCCCGUAACAGGUAAAGUACUGGAUUCGAACACUCCAUUGGCCUUGGCGUUGGCGGCAAGAGGGCGGGCAGCGAAAGAUCAGCCCCUGCAAAAUGUCAGCAAAGCCGAUUCUGGCAAAACCGAACUCACGAAGCCGCUAUACAUCGACACGAAGUUGCGGUCCAACGUGGAGACAGCGGCCUCGGCCUCGAGCUCGGUCAAAGCUAACCCAACCUCCGCCGUGCCGAGGAAGGAGGUCCACCCGAAGGCAGAGGCCGAAGCGAGCAGGGAGGAGAAGAAGGCCGACGAGAAGAAAACUGCAUCGGCUGACGGUUCAGAUACCUCGGCCGGCCUGCUGAUGGUGCACCCAGAGACCGGAGCCAAGCCGGAUGAGGGCAGGAGCGCGGGAGAUAAAACGGAAAACUCGCCAGCCAGCGUCACGUCGGAUCAACAAAGAGCCACGGAAAAUGCUCCCGAGGCGAAAGCCGCGGCCAAGACCAUCAUCACCAUCAGUUCCGUCGAGGACCCCACGGUCCUGCCGUUCCGCAUUCCGCCGCCGCCGCUGGCUUCCAUCGACGUGGAGGAGGACUUCCUAUUUUCCGAGCCUUUGCCUCCCCCGCUGGAGUUCGCCAACAGUUUUGAGAGCUCUGAGGACCCGCCGACCAUCCCGUCUCUUUCGGACCUGCUGAGGCAGAACAAAGCCACCACCUGCGCCACCUUGCCCUCGCACGUCAGGAAGGAGAGCGGCUUCUCUCCCGCAACUUCCGAUGGUAAGAAGCCCCUCGGUCUUUCCGAUUCCUCCUUGCCCCCGAGCUUCGUCCCUGCCCCGCGGGAGACCAUCGACAGCGUCAUCGAUUCCGGGAUCGAAGAGGUGGACAGUCGCAGCAACAGUGACCAUCACUUGGAAACGACGAGCACCAUUUCCACCGUCUCCAGUAUCUCCACACUGUCCUCUGAAGCAGGAGAGAACUUAGAUACUUGCACAGUCUAUGCAGAUGGGCAGACUUUUCUAAUUGACAAGCCCCCUGUCCCUCCAAAGCCAAAAGUUAAGCCCGUUAUCAAUAAAAACAAUGCAAUUUACAAGGACGCUUUGAUAGAGGAAAAUUUUGACGGUCUGUUCAUGCCACCGCCUCCACCACCCCCUCCUCCUGGUCCCAUCCCACCUGAAACACUUAAAUCUCCACAGCAGAGGACCUCGAAGCUAUGGGGUGACGGACCAGAUAUAAAGGUCCCUGCAGCAACAGAUGCAAAGGCAAACGUCAUUAGUGAAUUGAACUCGAUACUGCAGCAAAUGAACAAGGAAAAGGUGCCCAAACCAACAGAGGCCUUGGAUUCACCUUCAGGAUCCAGAGGAGUUCUUUACGGCACAAGGAUUCCUGAUGGAGUGACCAGUAGUUCAGGGGUACAACGCAACGCAACUGUUACCUUCACCAUCCGACCGGGAAGCAGCCAGCCCAUAACGGUUCAGAACCGGACAUCAGAUUUUGACAGCAUGACCAUUCUGAAACGAGCUCCAAGUCCCGUAGCCUCCCCUACAGACGCUGGCCAAGUCCCCAGGCCCUCCUCUCUCCCGGCCUCUGCUUUGUCGCCUACUCUUUCUGAUGGCUUUGGCUUCCAAAGUCCACCGAUCCCAGGAGAAGGUCACUUUGGCUCCCAGCCAGGACGCAGUAGGUCCCCUUCUCCAUCCACUUUGCAACAGCCAGUCUCGAACAAACCUUUUGCAUCCAAGGGUGUCCUCCUAUGGACUAAACAUGACGUAGCUGACUGGCUAGACACGUUGAACCUUGGAGAACACAAAGAUGCAUUUUUGGAUAAUGAAAUAGACGGGACCCAUUUACCAUCACUUCAGAAGGAGGACUUAAUCGACCUCGGAGUGACAAGAGUUGGACAUCGAAUGAAUAUAGAACGGGCUUUAAAACAGCUACUAUCAGAUAGAUAGACAGUUAUUUGAAUGCUUUACUAAGUAACUAAAAGAUCUCUCAUUAUUUUUGUCAGCAGCCGACAUUCACCAUAGCUCUGGCUGGAAUAUAAUGUGCCACUGGAAUAUUUUUAAAAAGCUCAGCAUGAACGAUUUUUCCGAUUAAAGCCGCUGGUACGUUUAUAAGCACAAUAGGCUGUCAGUAUCAGUGGCUCGUCACUCUCGCAAUGCCAUGUGCCACUGGCGUGCUGGGAUUAGUGCAGGAGUGAAGAUCCUUUUGCGAUGUAAAUAUACUACAGCAUAAUCUAUAUUUUGAACAAUGACCUUUUAAUAUUGACCUCACUUGGACAGGUGUCUUAAUGAUACUGUAGUUGAACCAGCAGAGCUGUGUUAUAUACUUUCUAUCUUUGCUAGUACAAUAUUUCUUCACAAGGAUCACAAUAAUUUAGAAGAUGUGCAGCAAAUCUGUUUUACUCCACUUUUUCCUUUCGGACAAGAAGUGAAGCUGACUAAUUUUUUUUCCUUUCUGCUGAGCAGUCUAAUCAUUUCCAGAAUGGUGUGAGGAGGAAAAAAAAAGUAUGAAGCUCUUUUAACUUUUCACAUUUUGACACAAUACUCUCUGAUGAUGGGGAAUUGUUGUAGCAUUUGUCCAGUUCUUUCCUUGAGAGUUAAUACAGGUUUGUUUUUGUUGUUCAGUGUCUUUUCCAGAGCUGUUGUCAAGAGCCAUUCUUGAGAACAGUGAAAAUGGUGUUGAAGCUAAUCAUUACCGUCUUCCAUAGGAGCACUGGUGAUUUACCACAAUUAUUUACUAGAGCAUUUGGAAGGGCUCUGAAUGGGCCAUAUCUAUAUUCAGUUUCAGAGCAGAUCAGUAUGCUUGUUUGAGCUGGGAGGAAAGCCUGUUUUGCUUAUUGGUAAUGUGUAAAACAAAAGGAGGUUUCUAUUUGUCAUUUUAGCUGCUAUUUUCCACAGUCAUAGGCUAAUGAAUUGGAUCUUGGCGUGUCGCGUAAGCUAUUUGAGGAAUAUAGUCGCUCAGUACAUUUUGGAUUGUGCACUGCCAAAUUGAAUCUGAGCAGAUUGAUUUUUGAGGCAAUGGUAUCAGUGGAUGUUCUCAGUCCAUCCUUUUCUUAUGGCUGGACAUUAAUCCCUGCCUAUGAGAUUGACCAUAACAGUAGAGCAACGAACCCUAUGACACAUUCUCUCCGCCAUUUAACAUAUUCACUCUUUUAGGUCUGCAUUUUUGUUGCAUAUUGUAAUUAGAACUGGCAAUCUUACAUGCUUAGUUUGUGUAACAAUAGUGUAUACAGUACCAAAUCUCAAGAGAUGUAAAUUGUGUAUAACAUAUAGGAGGACCCCCUGUGUAUGGGAGAUUUGAGUGCACUUCAAACUAUUAAACAUCAGCAUAUACAAUUAUCUGUGACUGUUGGGAACAUUUUAAUUCACAGGUUUUAUAUCUCGCCCGGCUCCUAGUAUUUAUUUGUGGUAUUUAUCAUUUAGCUAUAUAGCUGAUUCACUGAACUCUUCUGUAAUCGCAGCUGCAGAAUUAUCCAGUUGAUCUGGCAAUGAUUACAUCAAUGAGCCUACAAUAUCAUUUUCUUUACAAAUAAUAGUAAUUUAAUUUUUAUUUUUUUUUGCUAGUGCAUUAAGAUGUAUCUCACUAUAAUUUGUGCAAAAGACUUGUGUUCAGGUUAUUAACGUUGCUGUAACUUCUGUGAUUUAUAUAUCUUCAUCUAGAUUCCAUUACAAGGUCCUGUAACUUGCACUUUCCCGACUCCUCAAUAAAUUGUAUGGCAACCAAAUUAUUAUAUGAGAAAUAAAUAUUAUAACGGUGAAUGAAAGUUGUGUUAAUGACUGUAGAGGUGACUCCCAUUAACCAAGUAUCAUCAGUUCCCUCUCGAUUCACCUGUGUUGGUUACAGUUCCAGCAACCAGAGACAGAAUUUAGUUUCUAUUUUACAUUAUUUAAGAAGAAGCCAUCUUUUUUAAAACUUCUCUGUGUUCAAGAUCCCUCCCUGUUAAAUGCCACAUAUAGAUCUGAAGGGCAGAAAUGAAAACUCACAACUUUGCAGCAGAGUUUCUCUCCCUUUCACAGCUUCCCUCCCCGCUACCCCCGAUUUCUCUCUUUCCGUCUUACAUCUCUCUCAUUCUGCCCCUCUCUCUUCACCUCUUUUUCACUUUCUGUCCCCUGUAUCGUAUCCCUCAACCUGCAUCUGCCAUCAACUUCUCCCUCUCACCUCUCCUUCACUCCCCCCUUCUCUCCCCCCCCACUCUCUUUAUCACACUGUCCCCUUUUUAUUAUAGCCCUACCUUUGACUCUUCUUACUGUUAUAUCUUACUGUUACCGAUAUAACAGUAAGUCUCUCUCUUUUGAUCCUUCCCUCUGUUAUCCAUCUCUCCCUCCCUCUCUCUCUCUCCCUCCCUCUCUCCCUCCCUCUCUCCCUCCCUCUCUCUCUCUCUCCCUCUCUCUCUCUCUCACACACACUCUCCUCCCCCCACCAUUCUCUGCCCCUUCCCAACAGUCCAGUGUUUAAUUGACCAUUUGCCACACAAGUGUUCAAGGGUCAAGAACUCCCCACUACCAGUCUCAAGGAGACUACAUCAGGGUGCCAUAUUAAAACUCUCAGAAACAUGCUUAAAUGACGCACUUCUAUUUGCUUCAGAGAGCUGAUUAAAAGCAAUGGCUGAGAAAAUUCUUCCCAGUGAAUUCCCCCAAAUGGAAAGUAACUGAAUUGUUCUGGGAGAUGCCUGGUGCUCAGUUCGUUUUGAGCAAUGCACCACACUUAACACUUUGGAAAAGCGGUAACUUGCGGUUUUGAGAAAAGCUGUACAAUACUUUAGAAAAUAAAUGUAUGUAAUUUUCUGAAUGUAAAUAAAAUGGA